AUGGCCCUUCCAAUUCCACUAAGCGCAGCUCGUCAGUUGGAACACACGCUUUCCGGCUUCGAUUUCGUGAUCGACAAGAACUGGCGAGGUGAGCCUGUGGACCAUGAGCCGUUCCAUGUUCACCUCGAAUGGUUCUUCCAGCGCCUCAAGGGUAGACCACAUAAACGUGUCGUGAAGGCGUUUGUCGAAGGCCCCCUGUUCGAUGAUCCGGCAGAGCCAGACGACCUCGGCGGUGUCUGUCAUAACCUGUACGACUACGAAUGUGUCGAGCUGUUCUUCGCAAACGGAAAGAAUCAGUACCUCGAGAUCGAGAUCGGACCUCAUGGCCACUGGCUGGUGCUAUUGUUCAAGGAACGUCGCGUACCGUUGCAUCUCAACGAUGAUUUGGAGCUGGAGGUUCAGAACGUAUUUGAAGGGAACACGUGGCGGUCGGUGUUCGAGAUUCCCCUAGCCUAUUUCCCACCAAAGGUGUCUCGUUUCAACGGCUAUGCACUGCAUGGUUCCGGAAAAAAUCGUCAUUAUGAAGCCGUGCACCCGAUCUUCGACGGUCGGCCGAACGACGCGCCGGACUUCCACCGCCUCGAGUUCUUCAGACCUAUCAAAAUUGAGAAGAUCAUACCGGAGAGCUUCAACGACCAUUCAUUUAAUGACUUGUACUAUGGCGACCUCUGGGCGGAGACCACGGUUCAACCAGUGCCUAUAGUGCCCAUAUGA